AGCCUGCAAAGAGACGUUGUCUUCUGUGGCUUCAGGAUCCCAGCAAGAAAUGGGAGUCUGAUGGAUUGUGAAACUUGAGGACAUUUGGGACACUGUAGCUCCUGAAUGUGUGACCUUCCCCUGUGAUUAGAAGAAAGCCAUGGGGAAAGACAAGAAAGAAGAGGCCAUCUUCCUGAGGAAAAAGAUAACUUUGCUGCGGGCUUUCUCGCUCCUCAUCGGCAGCAUGGUUGGCAGUGGCAUCUUUAUUUCCCCCAAAGGAGUACUGAAAAACUCUGGCAGCGUGGGAUUCUCCCUGGUCGUCUGGUUUUCCUGUGGGCUUCUCUCCAUGUUUGGUGCCUUGUGUUAUGCAGAGCUUGGAACAAGAAUCACCAAAUCUGGAGGACAUUAUAUCUACAUUUUGGAGACGCUAGGGCCUCUGCCAAGCUUCUUAUUCCUGUGGGCAGAGUUUUUUGCUAUCAGGCCUGCCAACAGUGCUGUUGUUUCCCUGGCAUUUGGACGCUACAUGCUGGAGCCGUUUUUCGCCCCCUGUGCUGCACCUGUCCCUGCAGUGAAGCUCGUGUCUCUCCUGGGCUACUACAUGGUCCUCACCCUCAAUUCCUGGAGCGUCACCUGGAGCGCGCGGCUGCAGACGGCUCUCUCUGUUGUCAAACUCCUGGCUCUUGCACUCAUCAUCGUGCCGGGGAUGAUGUUGCUGGCCCAAGGCCACACCGAGAACUUCCAGGAUGCUUUUGACAGACAGUCGCUGGUUCUGGAUAAGCUCCCCCUGGCUUUCUAUGCAGGCAUGUUCGCAUACUCCGGCUGGUUUCAGACCAGCUUUGUGCGGGAAGAGUUGGUCAAACCUGAACGAAAUAUCCCCUUGGCUGUCAUCGUGUCUGUGAUCACAGUAAUUGUGGGAUACAUGCUCACCAACGUCUCCUAUUACACAGUCCUGGGAACAGAAGAUGUUCUGGCUUCUCCUGCUGUGGCUGUGAGCUUUGUGCAGCGAGCCUUCAAAAGCCUGAUCUCCGUUGUCCCUGUCCUUGUCGCACUGUCCUGCUUUGGAACUAUGAAUGGAGGAAUCUUCACGUUUUCAAGGACUCUGUUUGUGGCUUCCAGAGAAGGGCAGUGGCCUCCUCUCUUCUCCAUGAUCCACAUUCGGAGGCAUACCCCCCUUCCUGCUGUCAUGUUAAUGUUUCCUUUGGUCACUGCCAUGGUGUGCAUCGGAGACAUCUACCAUCUACUGAACUUCUUCAGCUUUUCUCGAUGGCUCUUCAUAGGAUUAGCCACCCUCGGGCUCAUCGUCCAUCGCCACCGUCACCCGGAGCUGCACAGCCCCUUCAAGGUUCCCCUGUUUGUUCCUGUCUCUUUUACCAUCAUCUGCCUCUUCACAGUGGCAAUGUCUUUCUAUUCAGACCCUGUGAACAUCAGCAUUGGAUGCAUCAUAGUUUUGAGUGGGUUUCCAGUCUACUACCUCAUCAUUCACAGGCAGAUGUCAGAUCGCUGCCGCAAGCUGUUCUAUUAUCUUACACACAAACUACAGUUACUGCUGGAAGUUGUCCAACAAGAAAUCAAGACUUACUAAGAAAACCAUCAAAACUCACAGAAGACAAUAAAAAUCUACUUACACCAUUUUUGAUACCUUUGAUCCUACCAAAAGCAGGCCAUGAUUUUAUUCUUUUUAGUCAGUGCAACUGAGGAUGACUGAGACAAAACCUUGCUGCAAGUGUUCCUAAGCUUGCCAACUGGGAUCUCUUCCUGCCCUUUUAUUUUUUUUCAGAAGAGCAAACUAGUUCUCUGAAAUGAGCUUGCUUUGCCUGCAGAGUGUCUUUGAAACCAAGAUCCUAAUUUUGCAGCCUAGCCCAGUCCUGAGAAAAAUUCUGUCUGUGUGUGUGUGUGUGUGUGUGUACAGAGACAGUAUUUUGUUUUCCUGGCUUGGCAAAUAGAGGAAGUGGGCAUGUUGCAAAACCUAGAAUCCAAUACAUGGAAGCCAAAUGCAAGUUUCAAACAGAACUACUACAGCAGCCUUGUGGACAAGAGGAAGGGUUGGGGAGACCUAACUAGAGGUAAAGCAGAUGAAUUGGAAAGGGAAAUACAAGGGGAUAAAAUUUUUAUCCACCAGAAAGUGCAGAUUGAGCUAAUGAGAAGAUAUUUGAAAUCCAAGUAUUAACAAAGUAAAGUCAGAAUGUUUUGCUUUGAUUUGUGUAUAAGCAGAAUUUUUUUAGC